AUGUAUCUGCCAACCUCCUACGAUCCCACGAGCACCGAUGUCCCAACAAUAUCAGCCUUUGGCGGCAAGUCCAAGCUUAAAAAUGGCGACUGGGCCAGUCUCAUUGGCGUCAUCACCGCCAUCGUGGGCAACAUCCUCAUAUCAUUCGCGUUGAAUACCCAGCGAUAUGCGCAUAUGAGAUUGGGCAGAGACCGGGAAGAAGGUGUACCAGAGAAACGGAAAGCCGCAAGGAGGAAAGCAACGUCAAAUAGUAAUUAUGGCACACAGCAAGCUGCAAUCGCCGAGGAUCGAGCCCGGCAGAAUGCAAAGGCGGAAGAGAACGAGCAAAGCAUUGAAGAGAACGGAGAGACUCAGCCGCUGAUACCCAGAUUGGACAGCGGCAGGACAACGUCAGGCUCUUUUGGAGACACCGUUCCGCAAGAGGAGAAUGAUGAGGACGCAUCGAAAGAGACGUCCUACCUCAAAUCGCCCAUCUGGUGGCUAGGCAUUUCUCUGAUGGUCUUGGGAGAAGCCGGAAAUUUUCUGGCAUACGGCUUCGCGCCCGCCUCCAUUGUGUCCCCACUCGGCGUGGUGGCGCUGAUCUCCAACUGCAUCAUUGCACCACUUCUGCUUGGAGAACAUUUCAGAUAUCGCGACGGCUUUGGCGUAGUUGUGGCUAUCGCAGGAUGUGUUGUGGUGGUCCUCAGUGCCAGCGCGAACAAUCCGAAGCUCACACCGGAGGCCAUCUGGGAUCUAGUGACGACCUGGGAAUUCGAGACCUACCUGGGCAUCACAUGCUUUCUCAUCAUUGUGCUGCUUUUCUUGAGCAACAAAUAUGGCCACAAGACGAUUCUGAUCGACCUCGGACUCGUCGGUUUGUUUGGUGGAUACACAGCACUAUCUACGAAGGGUGUUUCGUCUCUACUAACCUACAGCAUUUGGAGAAUUGUGACCUUCCCAAUCACAUACUUACUCUUGGCUGUUCUGGUGGUCACUGCGAUCAUGCAGAUCAAAUACGUCAAUCGGGCUCUGCAACGCUUCAACGCCACUCAGGUCAUUCCAACGCAAUUUGUGCUCUUUACGCUGUCCGUCAUCUUGGGUAGUGCAGUACUAUAUCGCGACUUCGAGUCGGAAAAGGCAGAGGAUGGUAUCAAGUUCGUGGCUGGGUGCGGUUUGACGUUCUUCGGCGUGUACUGCAUCACCUCGGGACCCAGGCCAGGCGAUGACAAAGAUGACGAGGAAGACUUGGGAGAGGAGGAAGACGCGAUUGGCCUGGUGGACGAGGAAACUGCUCCAGAAACACGAGAAAUGGAAAACCCCACGCGACAGUCAUCCCUCGCGGUAGCCUCGUCGUCUGGUGGCUCAUUGCGAAGACUCAACACGGCUGGAGAUACCUCUAUUCCCAGGUCUGUGAACGCAUCGGCGAUGGAAUCUGAUUUGGGCACAUCUCCUUCGGCGCCUCUGGACUCAAACGCCCAGCCCAUAAAGCAGCAGCUUGAAGAUGUUGCACCCGCCAAUGUCAGUGCAGUGCACAUAGAAUCUUCCGCGCCACUGCUCGCGGAGCAUACUGGCGAUCCUAAGAAGAAGCCUGCUAUUCACGCGACGACAAGUGAGCCUGUUGUCCCUACAACACCGACCGCGAGCAACGCCCUCAGACCAAAGACUCCUCUCGAUCGAACACCUUCGGGGCCUGCGGGAGUGUCUCCAUCACGGCCUUCUCCCAGUCGUACUCAUCUUGAUCCUGGUGCAUCGCGCCAAAGGCUGACAGCUCGUCAUUCCGUGGGUGGACUUUUGCCCGGUCCUCUCACUAGUCCAUUGUCGGGAUCUUUAAGCGCAAUCGUAGCCGACGAACUCCGGCGAGGUAUCGACAAGUCGCCUUCUGGAUCUUUGUCCCGACGGCGAAAGACACCAACGCCUGCUACUACUAGAAGGCCGACAGACCAACAACUUCAGCUGGCGAUGAAUCGACCCGCGGCUUCCAGUGGCCUGAAGAGGCACUCCAUAGCCAACGGUGAACCUGGCCUUGCCUCCGAAGACGAUACAGCUGUGCGAGUCGCAGCAGGGAGUCCGAAGGAGAACUCAGGAAGGGUCAGGAGUCUAUCAGCAACCUUGACCGACAUGUUUGGCGCCUCUGGAUCCAACGUGUCAAUGAGGAGCAGCAGGAAGACCCGAGAGCCGAAUGCGCAGGAGGAAAGGAGACAAAGGACGCUCGAUGCGGCGUUCGGUGAGAAUGAGGCGCCAGUCCAUGGUAGACAGCAAGGGGACGAAUGA